UUUUUCUAACAUGUCAUUUAUGUUAGCAUAUGAUGGUUUUAUUAUGGUCAUUUUUAAAGGGAAUUUUUGAAAAUAUCUGAUACGGGCCACAACAUGGAUGAACCUUGAACACGUUACGCUGAGCUAAGUAAGUCAAAUCACAAAAGGCCAAACACUGUACGAUCUCACUAUAUGAAACACUUAGAAUAGGCAAAUGUACAGAGAUCCAUUUAACAGUGGUUACCAGGAGCGGGACAGAAGAGGAAAGAGGGCAAUCUUUGUUUCAUUUGGACUGAGUUUCUGUUUAUGGGGACGGAAAAAUGCUGGUGAUGGUUGCAUCAUGUGAUUGAUAUUAUUGGUUUUGCUGAACAGCACAAAUGAAAAAUGUGGAACUGGCAAAUGCUUUGUCACCUAUAUUUGGCAACAAUAAAAUUUUAUCAUUUUGUCAAAUUUUAGCUUUAAUUUCUAACUGGUAAAUAUUGAUAGAUAUGAUACACAUAAACAAAACCGCAGUAAUUUUUUAAGAAUGUAAAAGGGUCGCGACAGCAAAAACAUUGACACCUGACACUGUAGACCUACUUACUUCUAUAUUAUUCUAUGUGUGAUUUUUCUUUUAGAAAGUAUUUAUUAAGUACAAUAUUUCCGUUUUUGUUUCUCAGUUCACUUUUUCAUGUGCUGCACAGGAAACGCCUUGCCUAAAUUUGGGAGUAUGAAGUUCCCUCACAUAUAAGAAGAGGGACAGGGGCUCUCAGCAAGAGAAAAUUGCCUACUCCACAAAGAGUAAGCAAAUCCAACAUGAGAACCAGAGGUUUGGGGCUCAUCAGCCACAAACACAGACACAGCUGAGCCUGCUUCACCAUCCUCCUCCAAAGACCCCGGCUGUGGAAAGAGGAGGCCUCUCCAUCUACUACCCUUUCUUCCUGCCCAAUCCACUUGGCCAGAACUCUGCAGGGACCCCACUACAGGUCUGGACUUCCUGCCAGCUUGCUGUGGCAGCACCGGAGAGAGAGUCUGCUAAGCUCUAUCUAAGAGAGGUGGCCACGAACACCAGCUCCCAGUGGAUGGUACACAUAUGGGAAAAGGCCAGGACUGGAGCCACCGCUAGGAAGAAGGUUUCCAUAAGGCGAAGAAACAGAAUUUCAGAGUGGUUCAACGGUUGACCUAGUUAACAGCACAGUUGGGACCUGAUACUGAAGUAACUGGAGCUGUUCUUGUGCUGUUUGGUCCCUUCUACCUAGAAUGGAACAAAGAAAGAUUUCAAGUCUACUGUGAACCAAAGUAACAGAAAUUUGGGACAGAAAUGAUGCACUGAACAAACGACUGAGAUCCUGUUGUGCCUAUCACCUGCUGAAGUUGACAAUCUCAAGGAAGGAAUCAAUUUUUUGCAGAAUAAGGGCACUGGCAAAGGCUACAUUGUAUACAAGAAUAAAAGCCGCCUGAAGGCAUGCAAGAAUCUGUGCAAGCAUCAAGGAGGCCUGUUCAUAAAAGACAUCGAAGACUUAGAUGGAAGGUCUGUUAGAUGUACAAAGCACAACUGGAAGUUAGAUGUGAGCACCAUGAAAUAUAUCAACCCUCCAGGAAGCUUCUGCCAAGAUGAGCUGGUUGUUGAAAUGGAUGAAAAAAAUGGACUUUCACUACUAGAACUGAGUCCUCCUAAUCCCUGGGAUUCAGAUCCAAGAACUCCUGAAGAUUUGGCUUUUGGAGAAGUGCAGGUAACGUAUCUCACUCAUGCCUGCAUGGACCUCAAACUGGGAGAUGUGAGGAUGGUGUUUGACCCUUGGUUAAUUGGUCCUGCUUUUGCCCGAGGAUGGUGGUUGCUCCAUGAGCCUCCCUCUGAUUGGCUGGAGAGGCUGUGCCAAGCUGAUCUAAUUUACAUCAGUCACAUGCACUCGGAUCACCUAAGUUACCCCACACUGAAAAAGCUUGCUAAGAGAAGACCAGAUAUUCCCAUUUAUGUUGGAAACACGGAAAGACCUGUAUUUUGGAAUCUGAAUCAGAGUGGUGUCCAAUUGACGAAUAUCAAUGUCUUACCAUUUGGAGUAUGGCAGCAGGUAGACAAGAAUCUUCGAUUCAUGAUCCUGAUGGAUGGUGUUCAUCCAGAGAUGGAUACUUGCAUUAUUGUGGAGUACAAAGGCCAUAAAAUACUCAAUACAGUGGACUGCACCAGACCCAACGGGGGUAGGCUGCCUGAGAAAGCUGCUCUCAUGAUGAGUGAUUUUGCUGGAGGAGCAUCUGGCUUUCCAAUGACUUUCAGUGGUGGAAAGUUUACAGAGGAAUGGAAAGCCCAAUUCAUCAAAACAGAAAGGAGGAAGCUCCUCAACUACAAGGCUCGGCUGGUGAAGGACCUGCAACCCCGAAUUUAUUGUCCAUUUGCUGGGUAUUUCGUGGAGUCCCACCCUUCAGACAAGUAUAUUAAGGAAACGAACAUCAAAAAUGACCCAAAUGAACUCAACAGCCUGAUCAAGAAAAACUCUGGUGUAGUAACAUGGACCCCACAACCAGGAGCCACCCUUGAUCUGGGUAGGAUGCUAAAGGACCCAACAGACAGCAAGGGCAUCAUUGAGCCUCCAGAAGGAACUAAAAUUUACAAGGAUUCCUGGGACUUUGGACCGUACUUAAAAAUCUUGAGUGCUGCAAUGGGAGAUGAAAUAUUUCUUCAUUCAUCCUGGAUAAAAGAAUACUUCACUUGGGCUGGAUUUAAGGAUUACAACCUUGUGGUCAGGAUGAUUGAGACAGAUGAGGACUUCAGCCCUUAUCCUGGAGGAUACGACUAUUUGGUUGACUUUCUAGAUUUAUCCUUUCCAAAGAAAAGACCAAGCCGGGAACAUCCCUAUGAGGAAAUUCGGAGCCGAGUCGAUGUCAUGAGACAUGUGGUGAAGAACGGUCUCCUCUGGGAUGACUUGUAUAUAGGAUUCCAGACCCGACUCCAGCGGGAUCCUGACAUAUACCAUCAUCUGUUUUGGAACCAUUUUCAAAUAAAACUCCCCCUCACACCACCCAACUGGGGGUCCUUCCUGAAGCACUGUGGGUAGAGCAGACCUACGAUCUCACAGGGUCACCAAACAACAUGAGAAAUUGAAGAAUUUACUGAUGUUACAUCUUGAAUGCGAGAAGCUUAUACCAAAAAAAAGGAGACUAUAAUUUAUUGACAUCAAUUAAUAAUCACAUGUUGCAUGUCUUAGUUAUCUAGUGCUGCUAUAAUGAAAAUACCAGAAGUGGAUAGCUUUAACAAACAGAAAUUUAUUUCCUCAUAGUUUAGGAGGCUAGAAGUCUGAAUUCAGAGCACCAGCUCUAGCAGAAGGCUUUCUCUGUCGUGGGCUCUGAGGGAAGGUCCUUGUCUCUUCAGCUUCUGCUUCCUAGUCCCUUGAUUAUCUAUCUCCAUGUGUCUUAGCAUCUAUCUUAUCCUACCUCUCUCUCUGCUGACUUGUUUAGUCUCUUUUAUAUCUCAAAAAAGAUUGACUCAAGAUACACUCUACACUAAUCCUGCCUCAUUAACAUAACAAAGACAACCCAUUCCCAAAUGGGAUUGAGGUAACUACAGUCAUAGAGGUUAGGAUUUAUAACACAUAUUUUUGGCAUUUGCAAUUGAACCCAUCACACUGCAUUUGUGCAAUUUUUGUAUAUCUCAUGUUUGUGGAUCACUAAAUACCCAGAUUCAUAAAUAUUUUGCUAAUGCCAUCCACAAUUUUCCAUACAAAGAACCCAUAAGCCCAAUAGGAACACAUUGCCUAUGAAAAACAAAGCAUAACAGGAGAUGAUGUGAAUUCAAGCACAGAAGAAACAGAACAGGAGGAGGAAUAACUUCCAAAAAGAUAAUGAAGAAAAAGGAAAGGAGUGAGAGACCUGAAGCUAGGUUAGAAGAGUGGGAAGAGGAGAAAUAGAUAAAUGAUGGAUGAGAAGAAGAAAAUAGGAAGAAGAAAAAAUCAAGAUGGCAUUUGAAAAGAAGCAGAGAAUAUAAAAAUAGACCUUUUAUUCCUUAAUAGAUUGAUUCCCCAAAUGGAGUCUAUGAAGAUGGUUGAGUAGGAAGUGUUCAUGGGCUAUUUUCAAUUUUUCAGAAAAAUAGAAAAAAAAAAAAAAGCCUUGCUGAAAUCAUGUAUUUAUCAAAACAA